AUGGAGCAAAAAGACACUCCUUUCCCCAUCGCUCCCUCGCAGCUGCAAAACCACUUUCUUUGGACGCCGAGAGGCAAGAGGAACCCUCCUCCACCCUCUCCCCCUCGUGCUUUCUCCACUACCCCACCAUCUCCCCCUCUCCCCCUCGUGCUUUCUCCACUACCCUACCAUCUCCCCCUCUCCCCCUCGUGCUUUCUCCACUACCCCACCAUCUUCCCCUCUCCCCCUCGUGCUUUCUCCACUACCCCACCAUCUCCCCCUCUCCCCCUCGUGCUUUCUCCACUACCCCACCAUCUCCCCCUCUCCCCCUCGUGCUUUCUCCACUACCCCACCAUCUCCCCCUCUCCCCCUCGUGCUUUCUCCACUACCCCACCAUCUCCCCCUCUCCCCCUCGUGCUUUCUCCACUACCCUACCAUCUCCCCCUCUCCCCCUCGUGCUUUCUCCACUACCCCACCAUCUUCCCCUCUCCCCCUCGUGCUUUCCCCACUACCCCACCAUCUCCCCCUCUCCCCCUCGUGCUUUCUCCACUACCCCACCAUCUCCCCCUCUCCCCCUCGUGCUUUCUCCACCACCCCACCAUCUCCCCCUCUCUCCCUCGUGCUUUCUCCACUACCCCACCAUCUCCCCCUCUCCCCCUCGUGCUUUCUCCACUACCCCACCAUCUCCCCCUCUCCCCCUCGUGCUUGCUCCACUACCCCACCAUCUCCCCCUCUCUCCCUCGUGCUUUCUCCACUACCCCACCAUCUCCCCCUCUCCCCCUAGUGCUUUGUCCACUACCCCACCAUCUCCCCCUCUCCCCCUCGUGCUUUCUCCACUACCCCACCAUCUCCCCCUCUCCCCCUCGUGCUUUCUCCACUACCCCACCAUCUCCCCCUCUCCCCCUCGUGCUUUCUCCACUACCCCACCAUCUCCCCCUCUCCCCCUCGUGCUUUCUCCACUACCCCACCAUCUCCCCCUCUCCCCCUCGUGCUUUCUCCACUACCCCACCAUCUCCCCCUCUCCACCUCGUGCUUGCUCCACUACCCCAUCUCUCCCUCUCGUGCUCACGGCACCCCCCACCAUCUCCUCCUCACCAUGAAUUUGCGGAGGGAGAGGGGGAUGCGGAGGGAGAGGGGGAUGCAGGGGAUGCGCCACCUCACAGCUCCCUGCUCCCAUGCGUCCUUUACCCUGAGGUCCCCGUCUCCCCAUCCCCCCUCUCCUCCUCCCCCAUCCACCCCUCCCCCAUCUCCCCCUCUCCCCGCACUUGCGCUGCUGCGCAUGCUGCCACCUGCGCGUGCGCUGUUGCCUACGCGCUCGCACUGCCGCCCACGCUCGCGCGCCUGUGUCGCCAGCACCACCAUGCGUUUCAAGCGGCUCGCUCGCUUCCAAUUAGGUGUCUGCCUCUCCUUCCCCCGCCUCACACCAAUUCUCUCCCACGUUGCUGCCUUCACCCAUCCCUCCACAGCGCGUCUCAACGCAGCCUCUCUCGCGCACGCCCUCUCACACCUUUCCCCCGUUUUCCCCCUUUUCCCGCCCGACCCCACCUGUCCCCACCCGUCCGCCUGCGCCUUCUCCCCUCUUCCGCCCUCCUGCCCCCCGUUCUCCCACCCCUCGCAUCAUUUCCGCCGAACCCAAACCACACGCGCUAG